AUGGAAAACUCUGUCUACACCCAGCCAAGAUGGUCCUUUGGCGGCUUGCCUUUCCCCCCAAGAGACAUGAACAUCGUGUGCUUGCUUUUCUAUACGGUUUUAAGGCCGCAUCUCGGCCUUGCGGGCCCUGCCAAAGCUCCAUCGGUGCUGCGACUCAUGCAACUUCAAACAUCAAACUCAUACUAUCCUCGUUGGAACAUGGAGGUGGCUUACCCUCACCCUCACCCUCGAACUUGGCACCACCACUCCCUGAGACUCUGUCACGCUGUAUCACUAUCCGCACCUACUUCGUAUCCUAUUUCUGCCUCCAUCGCGACGCCCAAGGUUUGGCUGCCCAUCGCACUGCAAAUUCUCCUCGCUUUGGGCAGCGGCAGCGGUAGCAACUGA